UUGAUAAUGAUUUUCUUUCUUAAAUACAAACGAGAAUUGUGGCUGCAUUUUCCUUAACAACUUCAUCGAAAUUCUAGUAAAAUGUUAUUGUGUCCAUAAAUGGAGUCGGUGGCAGGAGGAAACCAAAAAGCCAAGAACAUCGAAAUUCCCAACCUCCCAUGGGGAAAGGCCAAGAUAUCUCCAUGGGAAAAAUAAAUAUCUUCCACAGCACAUGCAUUGCUGAUAAAUCAUCAUGUUUGGAAAUUAUUACCUGCGGGCCCCAUUACAAACGCAAGUACAUUCCCUUGGCUUCUACACCGUCAAUUAAUUUAAAAAAAAAAUAAUAAUUCAAAGUACUAAAUUGUAAAAAUCUCAGCGAAAGCAAGAUGCAAGUCUUUCAAGAAGAAAUAGACAAUUUGUUGGACGCUGAACCAAAAGAUUACGUUACGCGGUGUCGUUUUCCCUCCACUUGGACCACACUGAUCAAACGUGAACAAAAUCAAAGAAAAAUAUCUUCUUUUAAGCUCACAUUUCUAAGACUGAAGAAUCACCGCUAAUUUCCAGCAUAUCCCAUUCCUACGAUGUUAAGGGCCCCACUUUAUACGUGCGAAGCAGAUCUUGAGGUGCUUAGACAGUGGAUGGAGGUCCACCAUUCUCUCUGAAGCCACGUGUUGUACCAGUCAGCGAUGCAAUCAGUACAAAUUAGCAGAUCCUCCGUGAAAUUAUGUGACCACUUCUACUCCCAAGUACUAACCAAACUCAACGACGUACGCUCAACAAGGAUUCUGUGAUUCUUAAAGUUCUGCUUUUUUUGAAAGUAUCGGAGCCAAUGGCAACAGUGACAGCUUCGCACUUUGUUACAAGGAGUUCACAUGUCAACAGCCAUGGAGCAGAAACUAAGGCCAAUCUGGCACAGACUGGCAUGAGGAACCAAUCCAUGACUCACAGUGGUUUGAGGUCAUUGAACAAGAUAGAUAGGUUACAGAUGAGAGUCAAUGCAAAGGCUGUUGUCAGGAAUGCUGUGAAAGAGGGACACCCAACUGCAAAUGACAGGCCUUCCGCGAAAAUUGUUUGCGGAAAAGGGAUGAAUCUAGUCUUUGUAGGAGCUGAGGUUGCCCCAUGGAGCAAAACUGGUGGACUUGGUGAUGUCCUUGGUGGACUUCCUCCUGCAAUGGCUGCCAAAGGACACCGUGUUAUGACAGUGUCUCCUCGCUACGAUCAGUACAAGGAUGCAUGGGACACCAGUGUCUUAGUUGAGCUAAAAGUCGGGGACAAAAUUGUGACUGUUCGGUUGUUCCACUGCUACAAACGUGGAGUUGAUCGCGUCUUUGUUGAUCACCCUAUGUUCCUUGAGAAGGUGUGGGGCAAAACAGGAUCCAAAAUCUAUGGCCCUAGGACAGGUUUGGACUACAAGGACAAUCAAUCCCGAUUUAGCUUGUUAUGCCUGGCUGCUUUGGAGGCCGCAAGAGUUCUGAAUUUAAAUUGCAGCAAAUAUUUCUCAGGACCAUAUGGGGAAGAUGUUAUCUUCAUUGCCAACGAUUGGCACACUGCUCUUCUUCCAUGCUAUUUGAAAAGCAUGUACCAAUCAAGGGGCAUCUACAUGAAUGCCAAGGUUGCCUUUUGCAUCCACAACAUAGCCUAUCAGGGAAGAUUUGCCUUUGCAGAUUUCUCAUUUCUCAAUUUGCCUGAUAGUUUCAAGAGUUCAUUUGACUUCAUUGAUGGGUACAACAAACCUGUCAAGGGAAGGAAAAUUAAUUGGAUGAAGGCUGGAAUUUUAGAAUCACACAGGGUCUUGACUGUAAGUCCAUACUAUGCCCAGGAGCUUGUUUCUGGUGAAGAUAAAGGUGUUGAACUUGAUAACAUCAUUCGUAAAACUGGCAUAACUGGCAUUGUGAAUGGCAUGGAUGUUCAAGAAUGGAAUCCUGCUGCUGACAAAUACAUCAGUGUCAAAUAUGAUGCUACAACUGUAAUGGAUGCAAAGCCAUUAUUAAAGGAAGCUCUUCAAGCAGAAGUCGGGUUGCCUUGUGACAGGGAUGUUCCAGUGAUUGGCUUCAUUGGUAGGCUAGAAGAGCAGAAAGGUUCAGAUAUUUUGGCAGUGGCUAUUCCAAAAUUCAUUGGAGAAACUUGUCAGAUUGUAGUCCUUGGAACCGGUAAAAAGGCCAUGGAGAAGCAGAUUGAGCAGCUAGAGAUCCAAUAUCCUGACAAGGCUAGAGGAGUAGCCAAAUUCAAUAUUCCAUUGGCCCAUAUGAUUAUUGCUGGUGCUGAUUACAUUUUGAUCCCUAGUAGAUUUGAACCAUGUGGUCUCAUUCAGCUGCAUGCUAUGCGAUAUGGAACAGUGCCAAUAGUUUCCUCUACUGGUGGACUCGUUGACACUGUCAAGGAAGGAUUCACAGGGUUCCAAAUGGGAGCCUUCAGUGUUGACUGUGAUGCAGUGGAUCCAAGUGACGUAGAUAAGGUGGCAAGAACUGUCAAGAGAGCUCUUGCAACAUAUGGCACUGGAGCCCUGAAAGAAAUGAUCGAGAAUUGUAUGGCACAAGAUCUUUCAUGGAAGGGACCAUCAAAGUUGUGGGAGAAGUUGUUGUUGAGCCUAGAGGUCGCUGGCAGUGAACCUGGUAUCGAAGGAGAGGAGACUGCUCCUCUUGCCAAGGAAAAUGUCGCCACUCCCUGAGCUCGGAGUCUAAUAAUUUUUGAAUGUUCCAAUAUUGACUUCAGUAAGCAAAUGCAACUAAGUAUCUGUCAACUGUCGACAGCCAUUUGCGUUGUAGUCAAUGCUGUUUUUGAGGGUGAAAGCUUAAAGAAUGGUAGGAGCUUGAAUAAAUAUAUAGUAUUAUAGUAUCUAAUAGGUGUUAUCGAUGUUCUCAAAGACUAAACGGAGAACCGAUUUCUCUGUAUAGCUUUAUGGGUUAUGUCAAAUAAAUAAAGACUCAAACUUCUAAUU